AUUUUUAAUUAUAACCCAGUAACAAAACGAGUGAAAAUCAAAGUGAAAAAUAACGCUAAAGUGAUUUUACAUGAUGGGUUAGCACAAAUGUUAGGUUUUGAACCUAUGGAAAUUACAUCUACAGAUGAUAGUUCCGAAACUGUUGUAGAAAGUCCUUUUGCAGCCGACCCCUGUGCACAUUAUCGUGUAUUAAUGAUAUAUACGGAUAUUGUAGAACCUCAAAUCGUAGGAGAUGUUUUAGCUCCUCUACUUCGAAUUGUAAGAGUAACUGGUAGCGAUGGAGAAGUGGUGAGUGCACUAUUUGAUAGACCUCAUUAUUUACCUGUGAAUCGGAAAAUGAUAGACACUUUGGAAAUCGAUAUAAGAACGCAUAUGGGAGCAUUUACGCCAUUUGAACGAGGAAGGUCAUACGUGAAACUUCAUUGUUAAAUGAUGUAUCACAAGGACAAGAUGUAAAAGAGGCUGCUAAGCGUCGACUGAAAGAAGCCGGAAA